UAAAGUAGUUUGCAGUUUGUCGCACCAAUUGUAAUUCAACUUAAAAUGUAUACAAAUUGACCAUAGCCAAAAUAUUUGUUGAUGCUAAAUAAUUAAAAAUAAAAAUGUCAUGUUGUGUGUGUUUAUUGGAAACUCCUGAAAUCAUGGAGAUUUUUGAUGAUUUAGGAAUAUCAAUGAAUAUUGCCGAAAUAAUUAAUAAACAUUUGUGGUUUAAGCCACUCCAAAAUGAUGCCUUUACUUCACAAAUCUGUACUGAAUGUUGGCAUAAAAUCGAAAAUUUUCAUCAAUUUUAUGUGACAGUAGAAAAGGUACACAAGGAUUUUAACGAGAGAAAAACAGCUAUUAAGGAAGAAGACCAACCUGCAUUAACCUGUUCCAAUAAUAUAAAAAAGGAAAAUAACUAUGAGGAGGUUUUCGACGAUAAACUAAUGCAAAUCGAAAUAGAGAUUGAAGAUAAUAAAAUUUCGCCAAAUGAGGAAUUAACAGAGGAUACAAAGAAUCCUCUAGAUAAUGAUGAUGAAAGCGAAAACGAUAUUGAAUUUGAAAAUGAUAAUUCGGAAGAGUAUGAACCUUCUGAUAGAAGUGUUAGUGAAACUGAAGAGCAGAUAAAAUGUAAUAAAACUGACAGUAAUUUAAAAGUUAAAAAGACAAACAAAAGGAAGCAAACUAAAGAUGACAAAAGCACUAAAACAGGAACAAGUAGUAAUACGUCAAAGAAAAAAAGAACAUCUCAUCGCUUGGAUCCCAUACUAACGGAUGAGAUCAUUAAAAAACACAUACAAAUGGCUUGUAACUUAUGUGUAUACGUUGGAAAAACAUUUCCCGAUAUUGUCGAACAUUUUAAGAUCCAUCACGAAAACGUUAAAGCCUAUAUAAUGUGCUGCGACAAAAAGUUCACUAGAAGUUAUUCUAUUGCUCAACAUGCCUACAUUCAUGAAAAUCCAAAUUCCUUUAGCUGUACACAUUGUAAUAAAUCAUUUACCACUAGUUAUGGUCUACGUAUACAUAAUAUUUCCUAUCACGCAUCUGAGGAGGAACGAACACAUGCCUGCGAACAGUGUCCACGUAAAUUUGGCAGACGCAACUUACUGGAACUGCAUAAACAAACUCAUAUUCCAAAAGAACAAUGGACAAUUGUGUGCACCAAAUGUACAACACGUACAGCAAAAUUUGCCACACAAUAUAUGCUAAAUAUACAUACAAGUAUGUAUCACCGACGUGAGAUAAAUAUUUGUCAAGUAUGCGCCAAAGAAAUUAAAGAUAAGAAAUCCUUUGAAAAGCAUGUACGUUCACAUUUCGAAGAUAGUGGUCCACGUCUUAAAUGUCCCAUUGAAAAUUGUGAAAGUUGGCUUAAGGAUGAAGAUAAUUUGAAAACGCACAUACAAAGGUAUCAUCUCGAUGAUAAAACCUAUAAGUGUCCCGACUGCGACAAGGUAUGCCCAAAUCGUCGUUCAUUGUCGAGUCACAAGCACUAUUUUCAUUCAAAGGAGGUUUUUCGCUGUGAACAAUGCGAUAAAACUUUUAAGAAAGCUUUAACUUUAAAGGAACACAUGACUCAACAUACUGGAGAAACUUUAUAUAAUUGUCCAUUUUGUACGAGAACAUUUAAUUCAAAUGCAAAUAUGCAUGCUCAUAAAAAGAAACAGCAUCCUGUGGAAUGGGAGGAAUUAAGGAGGAAAAAAUUAGGACCUUUGCCUAAUUAAUAUUCUUUAAUAAUCUAUUUGGGCUUAGAUUUACUUUAAAGAAAAAAUAACAACUAAUAAACAGAACUUA